AUGAACUAUUUGGGCCUAAGAUUUUGGAGCCUGCUAAGCUGCGUGCUGUGCGCCAGUGCGUUGGUCCAUUACCAAAAAAUGGACAAAGGAAAAAACGGAUGCCGGACCAAACCGUCGGGCAAGCUGUAUGAUGAACCUGCUGAAAUAAAAGUGGGUGGCAUUUUGAAAGAUGAAAACACCUGCGGCAUCUAUGUGUGCCAGAACACUGAGGGCGACGCCUUGAUUCAUUACCAGAGGCCUGUGCCCUUCGAGAUGUGCAGUUUCGAUGGUGUGUCCACAGUGACGCCGUUCCCAGAGUGCUGCUGGAAGUGCGUUACUUACAUCAGCUGCGACCCAAAACCGAUAUCAACUGUCGGCAGAGCCGCCGCCGACCAAGCCACUGCGGCACCCGCAGAGGCUGACGACGCAAGCAAAUACACAAAAUUAGACGCCGAAGAAAGUCCAGUAAAAGUGAUCAAAAAGAAAAUGAAUUAUUUGCAAGCCUAA